UGAAGAUUAUAUAUAAAAAGAAGAAGGUGGCAUGAGUUUGGGCAUAACUUCACAGUUUUCUCCCAAGAAAAAGAGAAACCAAACAGUAAGUGGGGAACCUCGAAGCUAGUUCAAACUAGUGGGAGGUUGAUCCACGUUCAAACUUCAAAUCCAAAUUUAAACACAAAUCCAAACGUUAGAUCAUUAGAUAAUGGCUCGUGGAAAGAUUCAGCUGAAGAGGAUCGAGAACCCUGUUCACAGACAAGUGACGUUUUGCAAGAGGAGAACCGGUCUUCUCAAGAAGGCAAAGGAGCUCUCUGUUCUCUGCGACGCUGAGAUCGGCGUUAUGAUUUUCUCUUCCCAGGGCAAGCUAUUCGAGCUCGCUACAAAAGGAACAAUGGAAGGAAUGAUUGAUAAGUACAUGAAGUGUACUAAUGGUGGUCGUGGUUCUUCUUCUGCUACUUUUACUGCUCAAGAACAACUUCAACCUCCAAAUCUUGAUCCAAAAGGUCAGGUCAAUGAGCUUAAGCAAGAGAUUGAUAUGCUUCAGAAAGGAAUAAGGUAUAUGUUUGGAGGAGGAGACGGGACGAUGAAUCUUCCAGAACUUCUUUUGCUUGAGAAGCAUCUUGAGUAUUGGAUUUCCCAUAUUCGCUCUGCUAAGAUGGAGAUUAUGCUUCAAGAAAUUCAGUCCUUAAGGAACUCGGAAGGGGUCCUCAAAAAUGCUAAUAAGUACCUCCUCGAAAAGAUAGAGGAGAACAACAAUAGCGUAUUAGAUGCUAACUUCACAACUGUGGAGACUAACUAUUCUUAUCCGCUAACAAUGGCAAGUGAAAUAUUUCAGUUCUAGAUCAUAUAUACGGUAUUUGAAGACUAGUCCUAUGAUAUCAAAUGAUCUUGGUAAGUAUAAUCAGUGUUGUUAAAUCACACAUAAUUAUAAUAAAGCAUGUGGAACAUGCUACGCUCUUGAAAAUUUCUGUGUGUUUUGUUUUCUCCUAUUUCUACUUUUGUUGGUGUGAGCACUACAAUGACUACAAAAAGAAAUACAAUGACUACAAGUAUGGUGUGUACUUAAUGACUUUCUAAUUUCUGUGUAUGAUUGAAUUUGUGGACUAUCGUUGUGUUGAAGAUACCUAGCUUCUUUUGUUUCA